AUGGGUAAUCUAAUAAAAAGAAAACCAGCAGUUGUUUCUCCUGGAUAUGGUGGAAACUAUGGCCCAGGUAAUGGCGGUGGAUAUGGUGGAAAUUAUGGCGCAGGUAACGGUGGAAAUUAUGGUCCUGGUUAUGGUGGAAACUACGGCGGUGGUUACGGCGGCAAUAAUCUCAGGGGGCCUGGUGGAAAUUAUGGUGGGGGUAACCGAAGAAAUCAUGCUCUAACAUCAACAACUGUAGUUUUCCCACGAGGUAUGAAUCAACGCCCUGCACAUCGUGGUCACCAUCAUCAUCAUCAUCAUCUCUAA